CUCUCGCUACUACAGAUUGGGGGGCAAUUUGAACGUGAUCGUGCCGGCCUUGAAGGUUUUGGCGCUCAUUUAACCCUCAUACCAAUGUCUAAGAAGAAAGGCGAUGUGCCAAAAAAAGCUGUUUUGCUUGGGAGAAUCGGUACUAAUCUGAAAUGUGGUGUAGUUGGCCUCCCGAACGUUGGAAAAUCUACAUUCUUCAAUAUUCUCACUAAAAGUCAAGUCCCCGCCGAGAAUUUUCCAUUUUGCACUAUUAAUCCCAAUGAAAGUCGUGUUGCAGUUCCAGAUGAAAGAUUCGAUUGGCUUUGUGAAUAUCACCAACCUGUUAGUCGAGUACCAGCUUACUUAAAUGUUGUUGAUAUCGCUGGUCUAGUUAAAGGUGCACAUGAAGGACAAGGUUUGGGAAAUGCAUUUCUUUCGCAUAUCCGCAGUGUUGAUGCAAUUUUCCAUAUGUUAAGAUUAUUUGAAAAUGAAGACAUCACUCAUAUUGAAGGUGAUAUUGAUCCUGUACGUGAUUUAGAUAUCAUUGAUGAAGAAUUACGUCUCAAAGAUAUUGAAUAUGUUACUAAAGAGUGGGAGAAAUGUGAAAAAGUAGUUAUUCGAGGCAAUGAUAAAAAACAAAUGCCUGCUUAUGAGUGUCUUACAAAAGUUAAAAAUAUGUUAGUCAAUGAUAAACGAAAUGUUCGUUUCGGUGAUUGGACUCCAACUGAGGUGGAGAUUCUUAAUGAGCACUUAUUUAUCACAUCGAAACCAGUGAUUUAUUUGGUUAAUAUGUCAGAGAAGGCAUUUUUAAAGAAGAAAAGUAAAUGGCUACCAAAAAUCAAGGAAUGGGUUGAUGAACAUGAUUCCGGUGCAGCGAUUAUUCCUUUCUCUGCUGAUCUUGAACAAAAACUCAGUGAAAUGUCACCAGAAGAAGCUGGGGCUUAUAUGAAAGAAAAUGAAUUCACUACCAUGUUGCCAAAAAUUAUUCGUAUCGGUUAUCAAACAUUACAAUUACAAUAUUUCUUCACAUGUGGUAAAGAUGAAGUUAAAGCGUGGACUAUACAGAAAGGUUCAAAAGCUCCUCAAGCUGCUGGUCGAAUACAUACAGAUAUGGAAAAAGGUUUUAUCAUGGCUGAAGUUAUGUCAUAUGAAGAUUUCAAAGGAGAAGGUUCUGAAGCUGCUGUCAAAGCUGCUGGCAAAUACAAACAGAAAGGACGGGAAUAUAUUGUUGAGGAUGGGGAUAUUAUAUUGUUUAAAUUCAAUGCUGGUGCCGGUCUUCAAGCGAAGAAAAAAUAAUAUUUGUUGUGUUAUAUAGGCCUAAUUUAUUUUCACUAACUUUAUAAAAUAAAAUUUGAUAUUACCUUGGA